AUCAAUGUACCGACCGUGUGGUGGCCGACUGCUCGCGUUGCUGUUGCUUGCAGUGGGAACGGUAGUGCACUGUGAGGCACCGUACAGCACGACCUCACACGUCACCAUCAUCGGUAAGUACGCGGCGGCUGCUACUCUCUGCUACACGACAUCGAUCAAGUCGGACGUGUUUAGUUUCGUGCCGAUCAGCAGAACUGUCACUUUUACGCCGAAAAAAAGCGUUAGUUUCGUGAAAAUCAGCUCGAAAGCAUCACCACUUCUGGGCACUCGGCUGGUUAUGGGAGGUCUCGGAAGUUCACCAGCCAGUCCCAUCAGCGUUGCACUCACCACCGACUUUGGAGGACGAUUGAAUGCCGAAAUAGAAGCUUUCUGUUGACGGAACACGGCAAAGUGCAUUAAGCAAAUAUGAAAAGGUUUCAAUGUGAAAUGCAGUGCGUUCGGGUGCUCAUAACGAUCGUUGCGCUGGUGCUAGUCACUGAAGGACGUGCUACACGAUCGUUGGAUCGACAAUUUGCUCUCGGGUCGGUGGAUACUGCUUCCCAAAUUUGUUAUUCCGCACCGAUCAGUUCUCAAAGCAGCAAACCCUCUGUCCAGAUCGUCACAGCUAAUGUGCCAAUGAUGAGCACCAUCAAAUAUGCUGAAGUUAUGUCCAAUUCGCCGGAGCAGCUGCACGUUCAAAUUAUUGCCGGAAGUAUCGGAGGGAAAUCCCUUUCGUUGGCUAUUAUUGCUGCACAUAGAGGGCCAUGGAAUGCUCACGUUAGGGUGUACUGUGCCGUAAAGACAACAACAACGACGACGACGACGCCGAACACAUUAAUAUGAUUGCGCAGCAGUAAGAUUCAACAUGAAAUUGUGCAAUCGGCGCUGUUCCGAUGAUCCACAUAAAAAAAAUGCAACUGUAUACGGAAUCGUGUUUCCGAUUUGACGCAUUUGCAGCGCAUUAGACAGAGCGAAAAGCCGAAUCUUUUAAUAAAUCUCAGACUGGCCACCGA